UCAAGUUUUAGAGUGCAAUGCAUUUAUUGGUUUGUAAAUACCAACGCCAUUCCCACCUCUUGAGCCCCAAACACGCAUUGCAUCUACACUCCUCCCUCUCUCUCUCACACACAAACACACACUGCUCUGCACUUCCCUCUCUCUCUCUCACACACAUCCUCACUUACUAACUCACUCAGUAGCUCUUUCUUCUACUACAGCAGUAAUAUAUAAACGGUACCCUUUUGAGGUUUGCAUUCACCCAACCUAGAGAGAGAAAAAGAGCAUCUGGAGGAGAGAGAAAAAUGGCGAAGCAGUCCCCGAUAUUUCCAAUGCCAGAACCCCAACACUUCAGUGACUACGGCUUUGACCCUCAAUUCGAUUAUUUCCAGGUGCUAGAAGAAGCAAGGAAGCACAAGCGCGAGAAACCAAGAUCCAUAGACGCUCUACACUUCAAGCUCCAAAAACCCAUUUCCAAGGACGACUCCAAGAAGAUCAAGAAGACCAAGAAACGAUGGUGGCGAAACGCUCUGCUGUUCUUCCGCCGGAAACUGACCCCCAACGACCGACAACCCAGCUCCGAUCACCGUGAUGGGCUCCGCUGUGGUCGCGCCCUCAGGGGAUCAAUGUCGGGCCCGUUGUACAUCACCGAGAGUCGGGGUGGGUCAGCCACGCCCUACCGGACAACCAGCCAGCCGACGUCGGGGCCGCUAGCCGGAACCCUGACGCCGGCGAGGAAGGGGGAGAUGGGUGUACCGUACAUCAGCCUCAGGGAGCUUAAUAUGGAGCAGCAACACAGGAUCUCAGCUUCGGCAAUGCCAAUAUACUUGGUCACUUGAUUUUUAUUUAUUUUUAAAUUUUUUUGUGUUUUUUUUAGAAUUUGCUGAAAUGGGCUUGAUGUGAUUUUUAAUUUGUGCUUUAAAUCUUUUUAGUAUUUAGCUUUUGUUAGUUUCUGGAAAGGUUCUUUGAAAAUUGCUCCGACUUGGAGGAAAAAGAAGUUCGAUGUGUUGUUCCCCUUCUUUUGUGGUUUAUGACCACUUUAUUGGUUUCUGAAACUACUGAACUCGUGGUUUGACUCAGACACGUUGUUUUCUUUACUGUUUUCUUUUUGUUUACCCAGGAAAGUGACAUGUCGUUUGCCAGUAACUGCAAAGUUACAGUCAAUUACAUAGACAGCAAAAGGCAUGCAUGCGA